UAAAGCUAAUCUUCUCGAAAUGGUUUGAUUUGUUUUUGGGUGGUGUUGAUGAGCCGUUGACGUAUAGAUGAGGAAUAGGAUGUGGCCUUAUUGGCUAUAGGAUGUGGCCCUAAUUCUAAUUGCUAUAGGAUGAGAAAUCUUUGCUCAACUUGGCUUUUGAGUAGAUUCAACGUAGACGUCAUCUUCAUCUCUCAACCAUAUCUGUGUAUAAACUUCAGAAUGCUUUCUUUUUUGGAAAAUGUUUUGUUUUCUCUUCUUUUUAUAGUUUACCAUGAAAUCUUCUUCUGCUUCUUCCCGUUGCCGGAGUUACGAUGUUUUCCCCAACUUCAGAGGGGAAGAUGUCCGCCAGUCAUUAGUCAGCCAUCUUCGUAAAGAACUCGAUCGCAAAUUAAUCAGGACAUUCAACGACAACAGGAUCGAAAGAAGCCGCGAUAUCAACCCGGAGCUUUUAAAGGCGAUAGCAGAAUCGAGGAUCGCGAUCGUCGUAUUCUCUAAGAACUAUGCUUCUUCCAAGUGGUGCUUAGAUGAAUAGGUGAAGAUCCGAGAGUGCCAUGAGGAGUUUGAUCAAAUGGUGAUUCCUAUUUUCUACAAAGUAGAUCCUUCUCAUGUUAGAAAACAGACGGGACAGUUCGGCAAGGUCUUUGGAGAGACAUGCAUCGGCAGAACAGAGAAUGAGAUACGAAAAUGGAUGCGAGCUCUAGCAGAGGUAGCAAAUCUUGCCGGAGAAGAUCUUCGGAACUGGCGUAGCGAAGCAGAAAUGGUUGAAAACAUUGCCAACGAUGUUUCAAACAAACUUAUUACCCCAUCAGAUAAUUUUAGAGACUUCGUUGGGAUUGAAGCUCAUAUAGAGACAUUGAUAUCAAUGUUGCGGUUCGACUCCAAGGAAGCGAGAAUGAUAGGGAUUUGUGGACCUCCCGAAAGUGGUAAUACUACUAUAGGAAGAGCUCUAUACGUCAGACUCAUUAGCGAGUUCCUCCACCAUCGGGCUUUCGUAGCAUAUAACAGAACAAUGCGGAGCGACUAUGACCAGAAGUUGUGUUGGGGAAAACAAUUCUUAUCAGAAAUUCUUUCUCAAAAGGAUAUAAAGAUAGAGGGAGAAAAGUCCCGCCACCUAGGUUCGAGUAGCAUUGGCCACAGGGGUUCAAAAUUUAACAUGGUUUUCCCCGGCCCCAGGAGAUUAGUUUUUGGGCCUAGGAAGCCUUUAAGAUCACUCCUGAGUUAUCAAAAAAAAAGAUAGAGCAAUGUGGUGAGGUGUGAUAACAAAACAACACCAAAACAAGAGUUUUUGGUUCCUGCUCAAAACGGUGUCGCUUGGGAAAAGGAAGUAAUGGGCCAGACCAAUCUGAUGAAGCUCACCAAGACUCAUUCAUCUCCUCCAACGGUAAUAUUGCAAGAAGACAAAAGACGAGGCAAACAACCAGUCAUUGAAGACUGUACGGAGAUCAAGCUGUCAAACCGCUUCACCACCCUCGAUCCAUCAAGCUCAAGAGGAUUGUGACAUCUGGCAGAAUACUCUAGAGCAAUCCAUAAGGCAUCUAGGGUUUAUGGGGUUUAUGGUUCUUUAGUAUAAAUAAGAUUGUAAAGAUACUCUUGAAGGCUAAGCAAUGAGAAAUUAAAAGCUUCAAUCUU